UCUGGGUAAAUAUACUGUCAUCUGCUACUGCUGCUGCUGAGAUGGCUGAGCAUCAAGAGCUUGGAAACUUUAAUCUGCAAAUUCCAUGUUUGUUUACAAGAAAGUGAUCAAGAUGGAAUACCAAGUGAUGAUGAUACUAUUUUGGCAACAAUAAGCAUGACAGAACUUCUUUGGGUAGUACCAACCGAGAUAUCAGAAUGGUUGAACGAAGCAAUAAGCAGCAUUGAUACUGUCAACCCUCCAACAAAACUAAAACCUGAUCAAAAUAAUACUCAUCAAACUGAAGAAUUUGACCAGGAACCUGAAGCCAAGAAACCUAGAUUCUCAAAUGUUUUUAGUCAUGAUUUGGAGCAAUUAUUUGCGGAAAGACAAGCACCAAGCACUAAAAAAUACAGCCUGGGGGUUGAAAAAUUUCAAGAAUGGAACAAGGAGACAACAGGAGCACACUUGGAUAUGGGAAUGGUUCCUGUCCACCAACUUGCAGAAAGUCUCGGAAAUUGUACGGUUACAGCAAGUGUCCAGUCAAAAUGAUAAAAAGACUCAUUGAAAAAACAAACCCUACUGCAACGAGUUUGUUUAACCAAUUUAACUAAAGUGCAGUACUAAAACCGAGCGAAUCGGCAAUAUGGUACACAAAUAAAUAUUUGUCAAAACGAACAUUCGCGAAAUUCAUGUCCAACAUAUGUGUGGCCGCCAAGAUCGACAAAAAUUACACCCCUCAUUGUCUCCGAGCAACAGCUAUACAGUUCCGGAACGAGCAAGGGUAUGAGGCACGACAUAUCAUGUACAUGAGUGAUCAUAGGUGCAGUGUCACUACCGAACUUACCGGUAUCUACUGCUUUGAUUCCGAACACCAGCUCCCUGUCUCAAGUGUCUGUGAGAUCAACAAACAAUUUAC